AUGCGUUUCUCUUCAACUAUCAGUCUUGCUACUUUCGCUACCUCUGCCGCAGCCCAGUCCUUCGACUCAGCCAAGUCCGACCUCGAUGGCUCUGUCUGGCAGUCCCUUACGUCCAUCAACGCCCGUUCUUGGAGCAGCGUGCCUCGAAACCGCCCCACGAAGCGCCAGUCAGGAUGGAACCCCCCUUCGAACCUCGCAGGAGCUCUCAAGGAAGUUUGGGACCACGAAGUCAAAACUUACAGCGACGCUCUGGGUUUCAAGAACUACGGCUGGGAUCAAGUUAUUGCCGGAAAGGGCAAGCUCAAUGUCUGUGUCCGAUGGGAGUCGAGUGCUUCUGUGAGCGCUGAGCAACGUACCAAGGUUGCUGCCGCCCUACAAGAUUCUUACUCCAGCUGGGCGAAGUGGGUGUCUGGAUGGGACAACUUUCCUUAUGAGGACUUCAAGAUCAAUGUUGUCGGGUGGGCUGUCAAAGAUAAGAGUCUCCUCCAGGGCUCGACCGCCGGUCUCGACAUCUACACCGACACCGACGCAGAAGGGAUUCCCCAGUGCUCUGAGAAGUGCGGUCGCUUCUUCCAUCAGGAUGGCGACUACAGUCAAUGCCCCGGUGGUGCGGAGCGUCACUACGAUAAUUCUCUUUGGCUUACCGACGGUAUGCAGGGUGGUGCUGGUGGUGACUGGGGUCAACGCAUCGGUCGAGAGUACUUCAUGGACCUUCUUGGUACCAAGAACAUUCAUAUCCUGCAGCACGAGAUCGGUCACACAUUUGCCCUGGACGAUUUCUAUGACUGGACUCCUACCGGCCAGUCCAAGUUCAUCAUGCUUGCCGGCUCUGCUGCUGAGGUUACUGAGUUUGAUGGUUGGAUGCUCCGAAACUGGUGGUACGAGCUAUCUCGUCAGCGUGGCUGGCAAUCUGCUGUCUCUAGCUCGGACUCCAAGGCUGUUGAGUCUACCAAGGACAAGGUCACCCCUGCGCCCGUCAGUACCAAGCCAACCACUACUAAGGUCGCUGCUCCCUUGAAGACAACUACCACGGUCAAGAAGCCUGCAGUUGCGACUACCGUCGUGGAGGAACCUAAGCCAAAGUCCGAAUCUAGUGUUACCGCCGCUGCUUAUGCUCAGUGUGGUGGUGGAAGUUACACUGGCCCAACCAAGUGUGCUGCUGGCCUGAAGUGUACCAAGCAGAACGAGUGGUAUUCACAGUGUCUCUGA